CCCCCACACACACAGUGAACUUAAAUGAGUCAGACUGUAGUCACUUCUGCUUCUUGUCUCAUUUAAGGGAUGAGUGUAUACAAGAACAGUGUUAAUAGACAGUUUUCUACUGGUAUGCUUAAUUUUGUUGUUUUCAUUCUCAGGAUGUGAUCUUCAUGGUGAACUGGUGUGAGAACUGAGUUGUAAAUCACCCCAAUGGAUGCAGACAGUGAUGUUGCAUUGGACAUUUUAAUCACAAAUGUAGUGUGUGUUUUUAGAACAAGAUGUCAUUUAAACUUGAGAAAGAUUGCAUUAGAGGGAGCAAAUGUGAUAUACAAGCGUGAUGUUGGGAAAGUAUUAAUGAAACUUAGAAAACCUAGGAUUACAGCCACAAUUUGGUCCUCAGGAAAAGUUAUUUGCACAGGAGCCACAAGUGAAGAAGAAGCUAAAUUUGGUGCCAGACGAUUAGCUCGUUGUCUACAGAAACUAGGUUUUCAGGUAAUUUUCACAGAUUUUAAAGUUGUGAAUGUUUUAGCAGUGUGCAACAUGCCCUUUGAGAUCAGAUUGCCAGAAUUUACGAAGAAUAACAGACCUCAUGCUAGUUAUGAACCAGAACUUCAUCCUGCUGUGUGCUACAGAAUAAAAACUCUCAGAGCUACCUUACAGAUUUUUUCAACUGGCAGUAUCACAGUUACAGGGCCAAACGUAAAGGCUGUCGCCAGUGCUGUGGAGCAGAUUUACCCCUUCGUGUUUGAAAGCAGAAAAUAAGUUUUAUAACUCACCACUUGAUGGUUAGGUUCCCUAACCAAGCACCUUUAAAGACUGCUGCACAUUGGACUAAAAGCAAAAAGGAAAACUGGACCAACUAUAGCAGAGGAAUACAGACUUUUUUCUUGUUCAUGGCCACAGUAUAAACUCCAGUCCUUUUGGAUUUUACUCUUAACAGUGCUGUAUUGUAAAAACAGAAGUUUACAAGAUAUGAAAUUGCUGCUUUUAAAAAGACAUUCUAUUUAUUUUUGCAGUAAUUUCUGUGUAUUCAUAAGCAAAGCUGUCACGAUGUGCACUACCUUAAAAACUUUUUUUUUUCAGUUUGAGCUUGUGUUUUAUUUGUGAAUAGUCUUUUACAUUUUUGUAUGCUGAAUAUUGGGCACCAAAGAAGCUGUAAAAGUUAUCUUUUUCACCUGAUGAAUGUGCACAAAUAAAAGUUUGGAAAAUAUUUCUCUUCAUACCUGUUCUGUUAUAUUCCUUUCCUUUUUCUAUUACAUUAAAAUUGUAUAGUUGCAAAUUAAUUUGAAACAAUGUAAGAUAGUCUUUUGCUGAUAGCUUCUGUUUCUAUUUGUAGUAUGUGUAAAAUUUUGUGUGUGGGUUAGAUCAAAAUCUAUAGUAGUUACAUAUGUUUAUCUGAGGAUGAAAUUUGGUUUGUUCCCAGUUCGCUUAACUACAUGCCAGAUCAAGUAUUUUCUUGCUGUUAAAAGAUGACAUUUCUAAAUAAUUGAAGUCUACAACUGGUGUUUUGCUGUAGAUGUUGAGGAAAUCUUACCAACUAAAGAAGCUACCAUAGAAAAAUCAACCACCUUGUUCACUUACUGGAUACAAAAGGAAACAAAAGUUACUAUGUGAGCUUCAGUGUUCUGGAAAGCAUUGUUACCCUUGGACUCAAGGAGACUAAUCCAGUCCCAGCCUAUUGCUUGAUGACAAACAUAGGCCUUUCCUACACUCAAGUUACUGUAUAAUAUUUUCAUGACAGGAGGCUGCCAACAAGCAAUGAAGCUUGAUUCUGGCAUGUAUUAUUAUAGGUAUGAAUCUUGGACAUGGAAGCCAGUAGAUGUUUCAAUAAGUGCACAUUUGAAGCAAAAGAGAGGUGAAUGCUUAAAAGAAACUGCAAAUGCUACUUUUAAAAAAUUAAAAUAAAUAUGUAUAAAUGUA